GCGGCACCUUUGGACAGCGAAGCCAACAACCAGAACGAGACCUCUCAAGACACUGAGGCCGGUGGAUACUUACCUUUCCUCUCGACUCUCGCUGGGACCGACUCUUCCGGCUGUUCUUUCACUCCGUACUCUCCUGCCCCUGUUCCCUUGGAACAGUUUGCCGAAUGGGACCCAUCCGUCGCCAUGGUUUACCGCUAUCGCCAACAGCAGAGCGUCAACCUAGGUAGUUGGUUCGUGCAGGAGCAAUGGAUGAAUCCAAGUCUCUUCACUUGCGCUGCUGGAGCACAACAGGCUGAACUGGAUGUCGCUCAAGGCUGGGGAGGAGUGUCCAAUGCCAGACAGGUACUGGAACGACACUGGGACGAAUGGAUCACAGAGAGCGACUUCAAGUAUCUCGCGAGUAUCGGUAUCAACACGGUCAGACUUCCGAUCGGAUACUGGAAUCUUGGACCGGUCUAUUGCGAGGGGACCGUGUUUGAACCCGUAUCCGAUGUGUAUGCCAAUUCAUGGCCUCGAGUGGUUCGAGCGAUCAACUGGGCCGCCAAGUACGGGUUAGGCGUCCUGGUGGAUCUUCACGGUGCACCAGGAUCUCAGAAUGGUCAAGCCCACGGUGGCACAUCAGACGGUCAACAGAACUUGUUCAACAGCGACAACAAUAUGCAACUCACCGUCAACAUACUCACUUACCUGACGCAACAAUUCGUAAAGGUGAACAAUGUCGUUGGGAUCGAGCUCCUCAACGAGCCUACCAACGUCGAUAUCCUCCCCGCGUUCUACACUUCGACAUUGGAAACUCUCCGACAAGUCUCUCACGAAGCCGCCACCUUUCCAUUUUACAUCAACGAUGCUUACGACUUGUCUCGCUUCGCCGAUUACAUUUCGACCCGACAUGACUUUGUAGUCCUCGACCAUCACUCUUAUUUCGUGUUUGAUGACAAUUCGCAAAAUACGCCUGCCUCUCAACUGACGAUGAGUCUGGCCCCUGGCCAAGGGUCUUUGUCCGAGCAGUUGGCCGCGGUUGCGAACGAGGGUCGGCGCAACCUAGUCAUCGACGAAUGGUCUUGCGCUCUUUCUUCGCAAUCUUUGUCAAAUGCUAGUGAUCCAGCCGAGGCAAGGAGAGACUUCUGCACAGGUCAGAUGGAAAGUUAUGCGAAUGCCACGGCCGGUUGGAGCUUUUGGAGUCUCAAAACUGAGAACUGCGACGAUGAUGACAAUUGGUGCUUUGUGCACGCCGUGGGCAACAGUCUGCCUUCGACCUUCUUCUCAUAUCCCAACAUUUCACUCGGCAACCUGAGUCUCGAGGAACCCGCUUCAGCGCCACUGAACCCUGAUCAAGCGUAUCUGACAUUUGGCACGACCAUGCCUUUGGGCAGCGGCUUUGAUUCUUCCAUGGCGGACGAGUGGCUCGCGUCGAUGGUCGAAUUGACCCCUGAACAAGCUGCGAUCUCGCGCGGUUAUUCUGAUGGAUGGAGUGCAGCCAAGACGUUUGCGGCGAUGAGCGGAUCCAGACUGGGUUUUACGGGUCAGUUUAUGACUGACGCGUUGGCGUCCAUGGGCGGGCAAAUCGUCAGAGGGGAUGAGCAGUAUUACAAGUCGUGGUUC